UCCCGAAGUCAAUUUUUUUUUUUUUUAUGGGAUUUUUGUUAAAAGCCUGAAGUGGUGAACACAAGCUCAAAAUAUUUUCACGUUUUAUUCUACCACAUAAAAUACAACAGUAAUACCCUACUCGUGAUUUUUUUUUUUUUUUUAGCUUUUAGCUUUUUUUUUAGCUGUAUUUGGAAAAGGUGAAUGCUAAAUGGGACUACAGACGUUGUCGGGGGCAUUAAACGUCAUCACGCCGAAUAGGAAAAGCUUUGCAGAUAAACUGGUUCAGGUUCUCCGGUUUUCCUUCCACCUACUAAUAACCUGCAGGCAGCAGCGAUGCCCAGAAAAAAGACCAGAACAAAGAAGCAUAAGAAAGAACGAAAGAAACACAGAUCAUCAUCGUCCUCCAGCGAGGAUCAGGGGAAAGAGGACAGAGAGAGACGCAGAAGCAGUCGCAGGGACAAAAACAAGCAUGUGAGCAGCGAAAGCAUUGACUGUCCACGACCACGAUCGAGGGAAAUCCCUGCAAAAAGCGGGAUUUACAAAAAAUCGGAUGGAGAAAGCAUGAAGGAGAAAUCGGAAGUAAACAAAGACUCUCGUGGCCAUGAGUACAGGGCAUUGCACAGCUCAGUGAAGCACUCUUCCUCAUCACGUUACACAUCUACCUCAACUAAGAGCUCCAGCAACCAAGUUCCUGAAGCCCCAACCAAAGAGCGGCCUGAGUGGAGGAAGAGCCAGAGUAAGAGGAGGUCUUCAUCAGAGGAGCCUGGAAAGAGAGAAGAAAAGAGGAAGAAGCUCAUGAAAAGAAGGGCAUCAAAGGAGGAUGAUUACUCAAAGACCAAGCGAAGAUCCAGCAAAGAACAGGCCGAUGUUGGCAGGCGAGAGAGAAAGGAGUUAGUGGAGACGGGGUACAGCGAGUCAAAUGAAGCGCGUAUCUCGGAAUGGAAACCCAGCAGUCAGGAGAAAAUUCACCAAAACUCGUCUAAAGAGUCUAAAAGUCCAGCAUCCGUGCUUACACACAACAUCAGCCAGAAAACGCAGGGUAAGGGACACUCUGAGUCCAUCUGUCCCCCUACCUCCCUUACCUCCCCUACCUCCGGAGAAGAUCCGCCAUUGUCUUCUCCUUCUCUUAAAGUCACUUUCAAGAUCCCAAAGAAGUCUAAUGUUGUGAAGGCGCAGACAAGCACUUCCAUUUGGGAACAUGUUAAAAAGUCUCCCGCCACCAAGAAAUCUUCUCCUAAGAUGAUAGAUUCUCCAUCUGUGAAGGUCACCCCUGAACAUACUCAACCAAUUCCGGCAGAGGUUCCUUCUCCAGUUCCUUCCCGUUCUCCUCCUGUCCAGCGAGCACAGUCGUGUAGAACAAAAGAGACGAGUACCCCAAGCAGCAGUAAUGGUUUACUAGAACGUGCUUGUUGUUACGACGCUUCUACUGAGUGCACAGAAACCAGUGAUAAUGAUUAUGAGAUGCAGAUAGUUGAGGAGCUGCAUCUGGCUCGCUCCAACAGACAACUGCACGUGAAGGUGGAGAAGAGUUACGGAGAGCUGACCAGCAUGGACGUAGACCCGGCAGACGAGAGCGCCACCAUUGCACUCAGUCAGAAGCAGCAGCAGGACCUUCUCAUUGUGCUCGACACCAAUGUUCUCCUCAGCCACCUGGACUUUGUGAAGAGGAUUAGAUCCCAUGGACUUGGAGCUCUGGGGUUCCCGACGCUGCUGGUUCCCUGGGUGGUUCUACAAGAGCUGGACUUGUUAAAAAGCGGGAAACUGUCAAAGAACGUAGAAAGCAAAGCCCGUCCAGCUGUGGACUACAUCUACACCUCCCUGAAGAACCAGGAGCCACGUCUCUGGGGCCAGUCCAUGCAGCAAGAGUGUCAAGCUGCCUGCAGGCUGAUUGCGAUGAAUAAUGACGAUCUGGUGCUGCAGUGCUGUCUCCAGUACAAGACGUUGUAUCCAGGGGGCACUAUCAUGCUGUGCACCAACGAUAAGAACCUGUGCAGUAAAGCUCUGCUGAGCGGAGUCAAGGCCCUGAGCAAAGCCGAUCUACAGGAGCAGGCGGAAGUCAACCCUGAGCACUUUCAUCAACACUAUAGCCAGACUUCUGCAUAUCCACAAGCGGUACCCGUUAAACAACAUCAGGAAGCAGAGAAACCACAAAGGUCAUGCGAAGAGGUGCAGGCGAGCAGGAAGAAGGAGACUGAGCGAGAGCUGAGCGAGUGCGUGUCCGUGCUGGAGAGCAGCCUGCAGAGCGCUCUGUCCGCCAUCCUGGAGGAAGAGAUGAAGGCAGCGUUUGGAGAGCUGUGGCUAGAGAUAGUCUACGUGAAGCCUCCGUGGAGUCUGGAUGCGCUGCUUCAGUGUUUCCGGAAGCACUGGAUCGCUGUGUUUGGAGUCAUUAUCAGAAGAAGUCUGAUCAGUUGCGUGGAGACGCUCAGCAGUUUUGUCCGCACAGACGUGUCUGUGGAGCAGAACUCUGUUCUGAACGCGGUUUCCAUGGCUGAGGAGCUUCUUACAUCGCUGCGCUGCAGGUCUCCAUACAGCGGCCAUGUAGACUCGGCCCUCUCCUGCCUCAAGACCUUACAGCAGAGACUGCAGCCUCAGAAAUGCCCAGUAGAUGACAGAAGUGGUGACACUCUAAUGGCCGAUGCUGUUCAGGAUGUAGCUCCGCCUCUGCAUGCUUCUCAUCAGGAAGUGUGGGCUUUGUUCGAGAGCAUCUGGAACAAUGUGUGCCAUGUCAGCUCGGCUGUGUUCUCAGCACUGCACUUCUCUCCAGGCUCAGCGGGUUCAGUAGAGCCACGCUCCACGCCGCCUCCCCAGGAUGCCCUCAGCUGCCUUCACAGGCUCAAUACUGCUCUUGAGCAGCUGCUGGAGGCCUUUCAGAGGUUACUAUCUGUGGGCAGGACUGUAGAAGAUGCUCAGGCGCUGCUUACCUUUAUUCAGACUAGCGAGAUCGCUUCCAUGGAACCACACUUCACUGCCAAGGACCUGUUUGAGUGCCUGUCUCACCAGGAGUACAGGGAGAAGCUCUGUAUAGGAGGAGCGCAGCUGAUGGAACUGAGAGAGAACCUGCACCGCUGUGCAGCCGCUGUGUGUGGUACGAAUACCUACCAUCAGCAAAUGGCUUCGCACUGACAACAACGUAAUCACGUCGCAGUUGAUCUGGCCGAGCCAGGUACUUAUUAUUCAGCUGGCUAAUACUGAAUAAUAAUUCUAUAUUUACAUGCAAGAUGUGAACCAAAACCUCAUGAUCUGAUGGCAUACUUCUGGUUAUGUUCGUUUGGGUACUUGAGGACCAGAUCUUAGCAUUAAAUCUGAUCUCUACACCUAAUAAAUGCUGCUAGUUGUGUAUGAGCUAGUAAAUUGCAGAAAAAUUGGUUUCUCAUUUUAGAUAUUGUUUGGGGUUUUUUCCUCCCAAGUAUAUGACCAUUCUGCUGUGAAUGCAGGAUGUUUUUUGGUUGUUUUUAAAUGUUUUUGUCAAUAGGCUCAGGAACCUACCUCAGAAUAAAUAAGGUGCUGAAUACAGCCAUGUCUAGAGCCUAAAAACCUUAAACUUAGCCAAUAAUAAUUAAUUAUUCAAAUCUACUGGGGAACAUUCAUUCAUUCUUUUAUGUUGCCUGGUGAGCGUUUAUUUUAUUUUUUAUUGUUAGCAUUUUGGGGGUACAGUAUGCGUUUACACAACUUUAAAAUCAAAUGUCAUUCAUCUGCAUUUGAACAAGGUUAAAUCUGAUUUCUGCUCUUCUUUAAACUUCUGAACGAUCAUCAGACAUGAGCGCGCUCUACAAAGUUACACACGUGUGCAUAAAAUACUGCAUGAAAUGUAAAUUGAGAUGUAUAAAGAGUUAUGCAAUCUUUUUGGUUUUGCACUGUUAUACCCCUUUUGUAUUGUUGAGAACGGGUUUUUUUAUGACAAAUGCAUUUUAUAUUGAUUUAAAAAACGCUGUCAGUAAAUAUAUAUUUAUUCCCGA